AUGGCGAAUAUUGCCAUUUCAAGGAUUUAAAAGGGAAUUUAAGGAAGUAAUAAAAGUGAAGAGAUCGCCAAGUCGAUGAUCAAGGUGGAGCUGGUGAAUGACAACUACUCGCAGCUGCGUGGCGAGAUUUCGGGUCCGCCCGACACGCCGUACGAGGGCGGCCACUUCGUGCUCGACAUCAAGAUUCCGGAGACGUACCCGUUCAACCCGCCCAAGGUCCGCUUUCUGACGCGUAUCUGGCACCCGAACAUCUCGUCGGUGACGGGCGCCAUCUGCCUGGACAUCCUGAAGGACCAGUGGGCGGCGGCCAUGACGCUGCGCACCGUGCUGCUGUCGCUGCAGGCGCUGAUGGCGGCCGCUGAGCCGGACGACCCGCAGGAUGCGGUCGUGGCGCGUCAGUACAAGGAACACCCGGACAUGUUCCGCAAGACGGCGCAGCAUUGGACCAACAAGUACGCCUCUGGCCCCAGGGCGGUGCCCGAAUUCGACGAAAAGGUCUGCAAGCUGCGCGACAUGGGCUUCGAGGAGCAGACGGCGCGCGCCGCGCUCUCCUCCUGCGAAUGGAACCUGGAGAAGCCAGAGGUCUCUGACUGCCGACCGAGGCCGCCGGGCCGCCCGCCUCGAGAGAAGCCAGUUGUGCAGCCGUCUUCGGUGACCGGCGCCCAGGACCUUUGGCGGGCCCGGUAG